AAUUGCAAUGUAUUCAAUUUUCAGAACGCCAACGGUCUUGAACCAAAAGACGUCAUCAUCAUCAAAAUAAUCGUUCAUCCCCAAUAUAAAUCGCCAAAAAAAUACUAUGACAUAGCUCUGAUGGAACUAGAACACGGUGUCUCAUUCACUAAUAACGUCCAACCAGCUUGUUUGUGGAGGUCUUUCGAUACAAGGCCACUUGGAACUAAAGCUACAUUAACUGGAUGGGGAGUUAUUGAAACAGCUCGUCGCACAACAUCUCCAAUUCUUCAAGUAGCAGAAGUUGACAUUUUGGACUCCAAAACCUGCGACAAUCUGCUGAUUCCAAAGAAGAGCAGGCACUGGCAACGAAUGUACGAACAUCAGCUGUGUGCUGGUAUUCUAGCUGGAGGUGUUGACGCUUGCCAGGGUGAUUCUGGAGGUCCUUUACAAGUGCGGAUAAAUCUGCCUCCGUCUACGCAAGGAGCAAUGCACCACCUCAUAGGAGUGACUUCAUUUGGUUUCGGUUGCGCAUUGCCUAAUGCCCCGGGAGUCUAUACCAGAGUUUCCAGCUUUAUUGACUGGAUUGAAAGUAUUGUUUGGAAGUAAAAGUGACAAAAGCAUUAUUAUUGUGUACACUUAAGUACAGUUGGUGGAAAUUGUAAUCUAACUAUAUAACUGGCGCUUGGACCGUGGUCGCGAAAUUCGCAACGGCUUUUUCACUCUUAUUGCACGGUCAUAAAACUUUUUCUGACCGAUUUAAGCCGACUCCGCGUUAAAAAGUAUGGUGACUCCCUAUAACGUCAUUCACCAUCGAGUAUAUAACCAGAAAUAGAGAUGAAAUGUCAUUUAAUUUGUUUGAAAACUAUUCUGCCAAAUCAUUACGGUGACAACUGCGCUCCGAUUAGCCAGCCCGAAUUCAAAAAAUUUAUGAG